AUGGUGAGGAUGGGAUGGGAUGAUACGACACGUGACUGGAUCGCUUGGAGUUUCGUUAAGAUGAGUUGGGACAGACGAUGUGUGAGGAGGAUCAAGAUCAUGCUGAUGGGUAUGGAGAGUUUGCCUCCUGAGUUGCCUUGCGGAAUGGAGUUAGAGUGGGUGUGGGUAAUGGAUGGGGGGAGGAUUCGAGACGGCGGGCCUAGAAGAGCAACCCUAUCCAUGAGAAAACUGCCAGCGAACAAAGGGAGCGCGGGAAGUGAGUCAGUGUGGUUUUGUAUUCGUUUUGAAAGGCGAUAUGUUUCUUACGAAGUCGUACGUCCUUCAGACCUUCCACCAAUCUUUUUCUCUUUCUCCACAAAGCCCAAUCAACGGAAGACACAAGACAGAAAUCAACCGUCACCGAAUCCUACCCCUCACUUUUUAAAGUUCAUGCUGAAAGGCCCAUUCAAGGGCCGGAUGACCUCUAGACGGAACCAAGACAUGGCCUCAGCGAAGAGUUCAUCCUCCAAAAAGGGCGACUACAGUACCUCGUAUCUGUGGGGCCCUGGGAGUUUACUAAGCUUAACCGGGUUUCCAAGGCGUACCAUCACUUCCCUGUAUGGCCACCCCACCAUGAAAGCAUUUUCCUCGGGGAAAACACAUGAUCUGCCAGCAACAUUAUUUAGAAGCAUUCAUGUAAAUGUCCUUAAUGUUUAUGUAUGCAGCAAUAGAGGUGACAGUGCUAGUCAGUACGAAGGGUCUCUCAAGACAGCUAUCACCACCACCAUCAUUGUGACUCCUCGCCAGAAGCGCAUUCCACUUUCUACCAUAAUACCAAUCCGCUCUGGUCUUCUUCGACGCUACACAACUCCCUCUACUCGGUUGAUGACUCCUUUACCAAGCGCACUCGGGAAACCAUUCCACAUCAGUCAUUCAGGUUUUAUUGGACAAGUAGACACCCAUGCAGACGUUGCUCUAAGAUUUCAUACCUUUGAGCUCAAGCCGAGGAGGUUUUAUAUACCUGGGGGCCCGGUCUUCGCACGGUAUUGCUUCGAUGGAGCGGCGGUUGAGAAGGGGCGUGGCUCCAGUCAAUAUCAGAAUCAUCACGCAUUUAAACUCGGUAGGGGCUAUUUGAGGCAGGAGCUCUAUCUUGUUGAUUAUUUGUUUCUGAAAUAUGUUAAAAUCAUGGGCUUGAGUUUCCGAAAACGAAUGGAUUAUCUAUGUAGACAUGCCAUACUGUUGACCGCCUUCACCACUCCACAUGCUCCUCCAUCCUUCAUCUGCCUCACACAAGCCGUGCAGUACCCAGGAACUAUUUCUAACGACUGUGGGGUUUUUGCGCCAGAUUUCGCGAUACUAACAUGUAAAGCAAGUUGUGUGUUUUUGAACUUCUACGGCGUAACAGAAGACUCCAGAAGGCUAGAGUCUUUACAUGCCGCAAUCUGGUGCUCCCUCAAGCACUUGGGAGUACGCUCGGCCUUCUUCCCUCCACUCCUCAAACUCGGAAAUUGUCGGCCUUUCCCUCUAAUUGCGAAUUUAGCACAAUCACCAGCCAUCCCUUGUUCACAUUUCAAACCAAAAGUCACAACGCAGGACGGUUUUAGUUUUUAUGUUUUCCAAUCCCAACUCCUUUUCCUUUACUACAUCAACCUAUCGCUUUCUUAUUUUAUUCAGUUCGCUCGAUUCAAAAGAGUACUUCCCAUCAGAAAUAUUGAGCUGUCGUUUAAGAGCCCCUGUUCAACGAGCGAGUGGAAAGACGAGAAGCGAAGCAAGAGUUCAUCACCAUAUCUCGCUCAUCAUGCUCAUUAUCACGGCUUUCGAUCUUCUAAGUCCCAAUUUGACUCCAUGCACUCGACACCCUUCCCCGCCCUCCAACUUGCUACCAUGGACUCAAAGUUCUCGGGAUUUUCGAUCCAAGGAAGAGACCAUGAUCACCGAGUCCUACAACUUUCGGCAGUCACACCCCAUAUUCCCCCUUUCUCUCCAUCCUACUACCUGACCAUCUUCAAUGGACCCGCAGUCCACGUCACUAUUUUUAACCAUUGUAGAGGUCCAGUAUCCAAUUGUGUGAAGGAAGAAGCCAAACCAGAGGUUAUAAUGGGGAUUCUCAUAUACCCGUUCAAUCUCCACGAUUUUGCACUUGUACGCCACGACUCAACUAUCUCUGCGAUCUGCAGUCAUGGUAUGCGUCGCAGAUCUCUUACCCUAGUAGAAGAGCGCUUCUACUUUCUGUACUCGAACCCAAUACAAGAAGCAACUGUUGUAUUUCUUCAAGGUCCACGCGGACGCGGCAGGAGUUUUACUCGCGUGAUUAGUGCAAAUUCCAGUUUAUUUUUGGCGGGAGCCCAUAUGGGUGUUGUUGGUUCACAAAGAUCUUAA